CCGCACCCGCUGACUCCGUGUGCCCCCUGCACGCUGACAGAGCAUCCUUCAUCCCGACGCGACCCUCCCAGGAGGCAGCGCAGCACAUCUGACCACAGAUCCAGAAACCCAUGCGCCCCCCGGCCCGCGACGCCAGAAGCGCGGUUACAGCGAGAUUGGAGCGACUUGCUUUUCUCCUCUCCGGAACUGCCGCUCCCCUCUUUCGUAAAGCCAGUCGUCAAGUUGGGAAAGCCGCUCCACCUAAUCUUUAAAAUAACCGCCUCCGGGGCGUGGCUGGCGUCCUCUAACUGCGCGGCCCUGGAGAGUUGGCCUUGGCUGAGAAUGACUCUCGUUUUGUGCCUGAGGAGAGCAAGGAAGAGUGUGAGGGCCGAGCAUCCUCGCGAAGAGAUACCUUUAAAAAGUCAUCCACAGCAUCAGUAGAAACAGUUUUUUGUUGCUUUGGUUUGUUUAUACCGAGUGGUUUUUCGGCGAAAUGCUGUUUUGGUUAAAAGAAGAAAUGGCCCCUCAGGAGUUCACCCGGCGACUGACCACAGUGAUCGCUCGUGUCGAUGAAAUUAUGCAGCGGGAAAUCAGGCCCUUGGUGGCAGUGGAUAUAAUCGAACAACUUCACAGACAAUUUGCCAUUCUUUCAGGAGGCCGAGGGAAAGAUGGUGCCCCCAUCAUCACUUUUCCAGAGUUUGUGGGGUUCAAACACAUCCCAGAUGAGGACUUUCUGAAUGUCAUGACCUACCUCACUAGCGUCCCCAGUGUGGAGGCUGCCAGCAUCGGAUUCAUCAUUGUUAUCGACAGACGAAGGGACAAGUGGAGCUCCAUAAAAGCAUCCUUGACACGAAUAGCUGUAGCAUUUCCAGGAAACUUGCAGCUCAUAUUCAUUCUUCGUCCAUCUUGCUUUAUCCAGAGGACGUUCACUGACAUUGGCAUUAAGUACUAUCGAGAUGAAUUUAAAAUGAAAGUGCCGAUCGUUAUGUUAAACUCCGUUUCUGACCUUCAUGACUACAUCGACAAAAGCCAACUGACAGAGGACUUAGGGGGAACUUUGGAAUAUCACCACAGUCAGUGGAUAAAUCAUCGAACUGCCAUUGAAAACUUUGCUCUGGCGUUGAAGAGCACUGCUCAGAUGCUCCAGACUUUUGGGGCCUGCCUAGCCACAACAGAACUGCCCAGAAGCAUGUCAUCCUCUGAAGACCUUCUCAUGUCCCACACAAGGCAGCAGGGCAAGUUGCAGGAUGAGCUAAAAUUACUUGGAAAGCAAGGGACCACAUUGCUGUCAUGUAUUCAAGAACAAGCAACCAAAAGUCCCACCAGCAAACUCAGUCUCAAUGAAGCUGAGAAUGUAGCUACCAUGGAAAGGUUAUUAGUUCAGUUGAAUGAAACAGAAAAAGCCUUUAGUCAGUUCUGGUCUGAGCAUCACCUGAAACUUAAUCAAUGCCUACAACUACAGCACUUUGAACACAAUUUUUGUAAGGUUAAGCUUGCCCUGGACAACUUGUUGGCAGAGCAAGCAGAGUUUACAGACAUCGGAGACAGUGCGAUGCGUGUGGAGCAACUUCUUAAGGAAUACAAAAAACUGGAAGGAGAAGGCCAGGAGUCCUUGGAAAAGGCCCAGCUGCUUGCAGUAAUUGGGGACCAGCUCAUCCAAAGCCACCACUAUGCCGUGGACUCCAUCAGACCCCAGUGUGCAGAGCUCAGGCACCUCUGUGAUGACUUCAUCAAUGAAAACAAGAAAAAACACGACAUUUUAGAAAAGUCCUUGGAGUUGCAUAGACAGUUGGACAAGGUCAGCCAGUGGUGUGAAGAAGGAAUCUACCUCUUGGCUUCCCAAGCUGUAGACAAGUGCCAGUCCCGAGAGGGGGUUGACAUUGCCUUGACUGACAUUGAGACAUUCCUGGGCACAGCGAAGGAGUACCAGUUGCCCAGCCCCAACGAGUUUUACAACCAGUAUGAGCUGAUGCUCACUCUUGAUGUAAAGGCCAAAGCCCAGAAUGUCCUGCAGAAGCUGGGUGAUGUGCAGGAAAUAUUUCACAAGAGGCAAAUGAGUCUGAUGAAACUGGCAGCCAGACAGACUCGCCCAGUGCAACCGGUGGCCCCGCGUCCUGAGUUCUCCCCAAAAUGGGUGUCACCAAAACUCCGCCAGCCCUCCACCUUGGCUCCUAGUCAGAAAACAUCUGAGGAACAUUAUGUGGAGACGGAUUUAAACUCUGUGGAAAAGGAAGAUGAUGAGACUAAAUUUGAAGUCAAGAAUGAAGAAAUACUUGAAAGCAGUCAUGAUGGGGAGAACCCUGAGCCAGAGCAACUUGACAGUUCCAAAAAUCUUUCCCCCAGCAGGCGCAUUAUACGUGACUUGCUUGAGACGGAAGAGACUUACAUAAAAGAGAUUAAGAACAUAAUUGAUGGAUAUAUCAUUCCAAUGGAUUUUAUUUGGCUGAAGCAUCUAAUUCCAGAUGUUCUUCGGAAUAACAAGGAAUUUCUCUUUGGGAAUAUUAGAGAACUUUAUGAAUUUCACAACAGGACUUUUCUAAAAGAAUUGGAAAAAUGCACUGAAAACCCUGAACUUCUGGCACGUUGCUUUCUCAAGAGAAAAGAAGAUCUUCAAAUAUAUUUUAAAUAUCAUAAGAACCUGCCCCGAGCCAGAGCAAUCUGGCAAGAAUGUCAAGACUGCACCUACUUUGGGGUAUGCCAGCGUCAACUGGGUCACAGUCUCCCUCUUUUUAAGUAUCUGAGAGGACCAAGCCAGAGACUUAUAAAGUACCAGAUGUUGUUGAAGGGUCUGCUGGAUUUUGAGUCACCUGAGGAUUUGGAGAUGGACCCAGGUGAUCUAGAAGGAGGUUCAGCUAAGAAUGGGCCAGAGAGGACCAAGGAUUCAGCCUUCUCAGACGACCUACAACAAGCUUUGGCCAUGAUGGAGGAUUUGAUCAAGUCCUGUGAGUUGGCUGUGGACCUGGCAGCAGUCACUGGAUGUCCGGACGAUAUCAGAAAACUGGGCAAGCUGUUGAUGCAUGGCUCUUUCAACGUCUGGACAGUUCACAAGGAUCGUUAUAAGAUGAAGGAUUUAAUUCGAUUUAAGCCCAGCCAGAGGCAAAUCUAUCUAUUUGAACAGGGAAUAGUGUUCUGUAAGAUACGAAUGGAGCCCAGUGACCAGGGCCUGUCUCCUCAUUACAGCUUUAAGAAGUCUAUGAAGUUAAUGACACUUUCAAUUCACCAACUUGGAAGGGGGAGCAACAGAAAGUUUGAAAUUACCAACCAAAAUGGACUCGAGAAAUACAUCCUACAGGCAGCUUCAAAAGAAAUCAGAGAUUGUUGGUUUUCAGAAAUAAGUAAAUUAUUGCUGGAACAACAAAACAAUAUUAAAGAUGUUUAUGAGGAUGAAGAAAAUGGCAGACAAAUAUCCCCAAAAUGUUGCUCCAGCAGGGAGUUUAUCUCCAUGGAAAAUUUUGACAAUUGUGAAGGUCCAGAAGAUACGGAAAAGGAGAGCAGUGCUCUGAGUCUGCCGGGGCUUUGCCAGUUGGACGACAGUUAUGAAACCUCCAAGUCUGUUCAGGAAACGGGAGAAAGCAUCCAGGGAGAGAAAGAGGGCGGCGAAGAGGAGGACACGGCCACAAACAAAACUGAGGAGAGCCCUGGGAUGUCCACUGGCUUGCUCGCCCCCAGUGGGGAAACCGGUUUUCGAGCAGAGGCAGUGCGGGCGCGUGAAGGGGGCCUGAGGCCGCCCUCCGCAGAGAACUGA